AUGCAAUCACCAAGCAUCGAUGAUGUCAUCUCAUUAGAAGAAUGUCUCUUCAACAUCAGCAACUAUGAUUCAAACGAGGUCGCAGCUGAAAUAUCCGAUAAAUGGGACAAUUUAAAGGAUCAUAUCAACUCAAUCCUUCCUGCAGCGAUCAACCAACGCAGAUUUUCGUACGAGCAGUUCGCCAACGUUAUCAAAGCCUUACCAAAGUUUAACAGAUUGCUUUUAAACUUUGAUAUGCAAAUUUACCUUAGAAAUAUUGAAUCUACAGACGAAACAUUUAAUCUUUCUUUAAACAUUUUCCCAGAGGGAUCGAUAGGCUACGCUAUUAUCCACGAUGAUGUCGAUUCAGUUAUCGAAUUUUCGCUGUCCCCGAAAUUCUUCGACCUCAAGGUCAGUUUCUGUGAAGCUGAUAGCUGGACAGCCGAAAUAUUCUCGCUAAUUGACGCUGCUGCUUAUUUUGGAAGCUACAACGUUUUCAGAUUUUUGUACGUAAAUGGGUUCAAGAUCACAGAAGAAACAGUUAAGAGGUCAAUUUACGGUGGCAAUAUCGAAAUUGCAGAGCUCAUCAGCCAGGAAGGCUUCUCUUUUGCCAAAUACAUAAAAGAUGCAAUCAUUUGCCAUCGAAAUGAGAUUGCCAUCUGGAUCAUUGAGCAAAAUGAUGAAGUAGAACUCGAUUUUGACCUCUGUCUCCGCUGCAGAAAUACUUUUUUGGUCAAAUAUAUUAUUGAAAGCGGAGUUUACAAUGAUUCAUUUAUGGAACGUGCGGUUUUAAGGAGAAGAAGAGAUGUGUUGCAGUAUCUCAUUGAUAAUGGAUACGACAACUCUGAUUCCGACCACGAACUUGAACAAGUUUACUAUAAUAUGUAA